AUGACUAAAGCAGCAGCGGCAGUCCGUCCAUCCAGCUCUGGGUGGGAGGCCCAUACGAGGGUGCGCCCACCCAGUCACUUCAACAACCGGAAGGCUCCCCGCACACAGCAGAGUCCCAGGACCCUGGUUCAUUCUGAUCGGAGCAAGACCAAGCCACAACCUGCUAAGCAAUCUGCCAGAGUGACUUGGUUUCAGUCCGACCCUCCACAGACAAGUACCAAGAAGAGAAAUACCAGGCUUAAGCCAAAAGCAGCGCGGCAGGUGGAAAAGCAGAGGUCUCGUAAAGAAACCCGAUGA